UCUCGUAUGUGAAUAAUCACGAUGUUUCCUGUUAAUCGUCAACACGUAUCCCUAGGCGUUAGUGGCUGUCUAUACCGAAUUGAGAAACAGCCUCGUCAUUAUACAAGAACAAGCCACGCUUUACAAGGGGUGCCCCUUGCUUUGUUGGACGCCGUUAAGGAAGAUCGUUUACUGAGUAUGAUGUCUUCAACUACAAGCAAGCAUUUAACCUCUGAUUUCAUUUCAUCAACUCUGAGUAACACACAAAAGAGUAAUGUUCGGACUUUGAGUUUUGUACAAACAGCAAGUGGAGCUUUAUCUGUGUGGCUGGAAUCUUUGUCACAGUGCGAUUUUGAAUAUCUUCUUUCAAGCUUACAGUCUAGCAACUAUGAUAAUCACUUGCAUUCUUUUCAUCAAUUUUUGUCAAUGGUGUUGCAAAGUGGUGUUGAAGAAGGUGCCGCCAACUGGCUUCGUGAUUCAAACCCCGAAGAGUGGAAACAAGUUCUUCAGCAUCUACUUGUAAUGCAACAAGACUGUUCAACCAUCCAAGAUCUUCUUCCACGUAGUACUGGUCUAUUCAAGAUUAGAGGAACAUCAAAUUUUGAGAAAAGCAUUGACAUGCAUCAAAGGCAUCGACGAGUCAAGUCUGCGCCUUCAACUCGUAAAGAAUAUCAAUUCUCGCGUCAUGUUAUGAUGGAUGGACGCAACCCAAGACCAAAAAGUGCAACGGUUGUUUCUCGUACAAUGCAACACAAAACUUUCACGUUGGAGAAGAAAGAAGUAAAGCAUUCUGCCGUUUCUCAAGCGAUGACAGAUUUCAUUCAAAACAAGUCAUCUCCGAAGAAGAGACUAUACUCAUUACCGAAAACUCUGUUUGAGAUCAAAACCCCACGACGUCUCGUUCCACACAAUCAUCGCUCUCUUUUACCACAUCCGCCAUUCUCGUUGGAGCGGCCACGACCACAACACUUUUUCUUGCGACCGACUUAGCUAAUUAGCAAUCCUCAUACUGAUCACAGAUACUACGUUCAUCAUUUGAGAUGUAAUAUACUAUAAUUAUAUAAAGUAACAUUUCCCGUUAGUGUCUAGGAUUGCAGACUACUUCUUCUCUAGAGUACAUGUAAGUUGCCUUAUCGACACAAUCAUGCUAUCCACUUGUUUCAUCGCGUUUAGCU